AUGCCAAGGUCGGAGAAGUGUUGGGUAUUCAUGGUGGAAUUGACGUGCUCGUCAACAACGCAGGAUACAUCGAAGCCGCCCUCGUUGAAGAGCUCCCCAAAAUCUCCCAGAGCCUACACUGGUGCAGUUGGGGCAGGUGCCCACUCCGCCGCCAAAGGUGCUCUCGAAAGCAUGGUAGAUUGUCUCCGAGAAGAGAUUUCCCCGUUCGGUAUCCAGUGCUGCCUCAUUGUACCAGGCUAUUAUCGGACCAACAUCUUCGCCCCCACCAACAUCAAAAUUGGCCAACUUAGCACUCCCUGA